AUGUCUCGCUGCUUCCCGUUUCCCCCACCAGGAUAUGAAAGAAAGGAAAGACAAGAAGACUUAGAGAUACUGAAAGAGGAGAAGCGCAAAGAGAAAAAACACAAAAAGGAAAAGAAGAAGAAGGAAAGAAAAGGAGGUAAAGAGAAAAAGGAGAGAGACAGAAGUGAUGAUAAAUGCAGAGUAAAGAAAGACCGGAAAGAAAAACACAAGGACAAGAAGGACAAGGGCAAAGAGAAAGAGAAAAGCAGCAUCUCGGAGGAGGCAACAGUUGCUGGGAUACUCGAGGUGAACAAUGGAGAGAAACUUCCUACAAAAGGAGGACAUGAUAAUGACUUUUUUGUGGAUGAAGCAAAACGGGCUAUUCAGUUCCAGGGUCAAAAUGGGGGGAGAUCUAAGCAGAACAGUUGGAUCUCCCAGGGGAUUGAAGAAUCAAAAUUUGUGCAGGAGUUGGACAGGAGAAUUAGAGAUGAUGGGAAGGCUUCAGGGAGCCAGUUGCUUGGGAGAGUUUCAGAUACCCAGAAAAGGGAUCAAGAUCCAGCUGUCAGAGAUUCUUCUGGUAUAUUGGCAGAAGACGGGGGAAAGAACAAAGAUAAGAGAGUUAAUAAUAAAAAAAUGGGCGUGCAAGGAUUUAGCAAUGAGUUCAUUGGAAAUUCAAUUGCCCAGAACCUUACUGGAAUGGCCAAGAGUAAAGUUGAAGGGAUGCCCAGACCGGCUGAGGAACAAAAUGAUAGGAUAUUGCCAAGUAAAGAGACAUCUAAGGAAAGAGGUGACAGUAAUCGGGAUGGCAAACAGAAGGAUAGAGAUAGAGAUAAAAAAAGCCAUAAAAUUGACAAAGAAAAGGAUAGGGAGAAGAAAAAGGUGAAGACCAAGAGAAAAAGUGAAACUAAGGAAAGCACGCAGGUCAUAUCCAAAGAUGUUGGCAGGAAGGAGGCUGGCGCUGUUACCAGUUAUAAAAGCCCGCAUAUGUUGGAGGGCAUCAACAGUUCUGCUGUUAGUGAGGGAAAUUCAAGGAAAAGAAAAGAUUUGGAUUCCAAUGGUUUUCUCCAUGAUAGUGAAGUCAGGCACAAUAAAUUGCAGAGGCUCUCUCAUCAAUUGACAGAGAAUGGAAGGAAACUCGAAUCUGCACGAAUUCAUUGUAUAUCGACCUUGGAUAAGAAAGAGAUUCCUAACAAUUUUAUGGUGGAUAACAAAGACAUGAAGGUGAAUGAUAAAAUUGAAGUCCAAAAAUCGAUUUCAACUAAAUCUAAGCCUUCUGCUACAAGUAUGUUUGGAGAUCAAAUUGUCGAAGCAUCAAAGAAAUCUCCCCAUCCCGAUUCCAAGCAUGUUAUUGGAGUACCCUAUGAAUCCAUGAUGGAGGAUCAAAUUGCUGAAGCAUCAAAUAGACCUUCCCAUCCAGAUGCCAAGUAUCUGAAUGAGAUACUCAUGGUGCCCAAGAUGGAGUUGCCUGAUGUUGAUGACCAGGAAUGGUUGUUUACCCAUAAAGAUCCUCCAUCAAAUAGCAAUGUGAGAUCAUCUGCGGUCAAUGAGGAGUUGCACGUAUGGUCUCAAGCUGUGCAUAUAGAAUCAGCUGUUAUUUAUGCCCUUCCAUAUGUUGUUCCUUACUGA